UGGGCGGAGCCAGUAGUGAGCAGGCACUGCGGGUCGGUUGCGGCUGCGGGAGCCCAACCAGCCUGAGAUGCGGUGCAAACUCAGCGUGAAGAGUGCACAGGCUCACCGUCAGACCGCGGAAGAGACCUGGAAGAGGCCACGGCAGGAUCGCGUCUAUAGACAGGAAGGAGAAUAUUGGUCCACAUCCCCCCAACAGUCUCAAACACCAGACCCGGCCUGUGGAACUCUGUCUUGGGCAAGCAUCGUCUGGCAUGUAUCCGAAGAGUCUUUAGGGUUGCUUUAUCCCUAGGAGACCAAGAGUUCCAGCAGGGCAAGAGUCUGCCCUGAGCCUCCAUGUCCUGCCUCUUCCCGGGCCUGAGCUGCAUCCAGGACCAGCUGCUGUUCUCACACCGCCACCAUGACACCCCUGCUCACAGUGCUCCUGGCGGUUCUGGUGGGCCUGCCUGUGGCCCAGGCUUUGGAGUGCCACGUGUGUGCCUACAAUGGAGACAACUGCUUCAAACCCAUGCGCUGCCCAGCCAUGGCCACCUAUUGCAUGACCACACGUACUUACUUCACCCCAUACCGGAUGAAAGUGAGGAAGUCGUGUGUACCCAGCUGCUUUGAGACCGUGUACGAUGGCUACUCCAAGCAUGCAUCUGCCACCUCCUGUUGCCAGUACUACCUCUGCAAUGGGGCUGGCUUUGCUACCCCAGUGUCCCUGGCCCUGGUCCCAGUACUCCUGACCACUUUCUGGAGCUUGCUGUAAAGCUCUGUUUCCCCAGACAGACCCACUCACUCAAACACAAAGCUCUUAAAAGACACAGUCGCACCCUCUCGCUUCACCCAACCCUCUUCCUUCAGCUACAACAAGGGCCGGUGGCUAUCUAAAAAUAGGAUCGAUGAAAUCCAGAUACCUCACUCCAAGGCCAUAACCUUUCAUUUUCAGAAGGAUCUAAAAGUCUCUACCCAGGAUCAGGUGCACCAGAGAAAGUGCUGUCUGGAGAGGGGGGGGGCGGGAGAGGGAGGUGUCAGUCAGUCAGGCACACCGAGUUGAAGGAAUUAGUGGCCAAAUUCUACCUUCAUAGCAUCAGGAACCUGCCUCUGUCUACCCAGGAGAGGACAGGUCUACUAGAGGGAGACAAAAGAUCAUGAACCGGCUAGAAGCAAAGGCUCAUUAGAGCUGUCUCCUACUGAGGGCAGCAGCUGCCCGGAGCAGACCACGAUGGAGGCCAUGUGAGGAAGCCUUUUGUUAUUCCCAGCUAUCUCAGGAGCUCUGCCAGACCUGGUGUCCAGACAGCUCUUGGCCGAGGGUAGCUAGCAGUGGCUUCAUUUCCACAGGUUACUAAGAUCCCUCCAGCCCCAAUCUCAGCAGGCCCCUUGACCUCACACCAGCUGCUGGGCCUUGAGGCUGGCAGGGACACGGGGGCAGGAGGCCCAUGCUGUAUUUUUGUCUGACCUGUACACAGGCCAGAGCUAUUCUGGGCAUGACAGGAAGGGAACAAAGGCAGAUCAGAGCAGGCUAGUGAGGUGACCGGGACAGCAAUGCAGUCUUCAGCCGGCUUCCUAGGUCCUGUAGGCAGAUUCUGCAUCCUCUGGCCUCUUGGUAAAUGAUGGGCAGACCAAUGCACAGGGGGCCAGACCAAGUCCCGGGUGACUGUGACUGAAGACUUCUGGGAAUCAAGACUCCGAAGAGCCCAACCCUGAUUUAGGAGACACUGGAUCUACCUUUCAUGCCAGUGUAGUUGGCCCAGAAGGCCUUACUCUCCUCUCUGACUAGUACUCCAACUCACGUGGCACUGAGGAAACCCCCGAAGCUAGCCCAGGCCAGGGGUCAGGAUGCUGGCCAGUGUCCGUGCAGUGGGAUUAUGCCUGACUAGGAGAGUCUUAUUGGUCAUCACGUCCUCCUGGUCACACAUCCUGAAUGCUUUUCUCAGACCACCCAACUGUAGGAGCUCAGGACACAGAGGCCUGUCCUGGGGACCUUCCUCCCUGUUCUUAGGCAGUCCUGAGCUCUACUGCUGAAAAUGAUGUAGUUUUCUGCCUCGGUUUCCUCCUCUGGGGACAGACCACUAGGGAAUGGGAGAUAGAAGCAUGCUGAUGGGCUUCCCCAGACCCUCAGGAAUGUGAACUGUGUGGUCCCAUUACAAAGGUGCAUUGGGUGGGAAAUGGCCCAGAGGUGAGGGGACAUUGGCUACCCAGAGAGACUCUGAGUCUCAUGGGAGGUCAGGAGUGGGGAGACAGAGCACAGGUGCAUAUUCAGCACGGUGGCUGCAAAGUCCAGAAGUGGCUAUGGUGGUGGCCCCUGAGGUCCAGGCACACUUGCACGCACACACACACACAUACACACACAGCAUUGGGACUGAACUGUGCAAGCCACAGGGCUCUGGUAAGGAGGGUCAGAGGCAGACUUCUGACUCAGUGGGUGAGGCCUGGGAAACAUUACCCUGCUUGUGCAAGUCCAUUGUCCCCAGCCAAGGUGGCAUCCUGGGUCGGAACUGGGAGGAUGUCUGAGACCAGGUCCUCCCUCCCACCGCAAGAAGUGAUGUGGCAGAGGCCCUUGAUCACCUGUGGCGGAGAGUGCUGCAGUGUCUGGGGGCAGUUUCUUUCACAUGUCUCAUGGCACCAUCCAGACAGGCCCCACAGUGUCCACACUGCCACCUAUCCCUACAGGGAGCAUUGUAUACCUGCCUAGCCUGUCCUCGGUGCUUAGCACAGAGCCCCAGAUGGUGCUCAAUUAACACAGGGCCAAGCCUGCAAGUAGGAGGUGCCAAUUAGGGGAACAGUGCCAGGCCGCCUGUCCUGAGUCCUGCCUGGGGUGGUGUGACACUGCAGGCAGCUCUACACCCUCCACAGAAGUUCUGCAAAGUGUAAGUCUGUGUGGGGGGGUGUCAUGACAGGAAAAGAAACUGAGGCACAGAGGGGUCUUAGUUUUCCUGGGCCACCUGACCACCUCCUCAGUCCAGUAGCAACCAUUCUCUUGUGGGUGCUCUUUGAGCCGUGGGUGUUCUUUGAGGCUGUACACCUUCAGGAUGACCGUGACUUCAUAAACCAGAGAGCCUCAGAGCAUAAGGUUGCAAGACUUAUGAAACUGAGGCCUCAGAGGGGAGCAUCAGAACUGCAGGUUUGAAGGUCUGGGGAGUAAGCCAGGGGUGCCCAGCCCUGUGUGCGGAUGCAGAGAGAAGGAACACGGGAUGGAGUAGCAGACAGAAGAACGAAGUUCCAUCAGCUGUCACAAACCGACCCUGCCUUUGUCAGGGAUUAGGAAUCAAGGCAGUGGGUGUUGCCACACUAGGGUAAACUCGCCACUCAACAUGGAUGGUGUCCAGGGCGGCUGGCAGUGGUUAUCUAUGGCAUUGCAUUCUGGAAGCAGCUUGGAAGUCACUGGAGAGAAGGGCUGCAUGGAGCAAUGAUAUCACAGAGUGUACGUUCCUCUGUGGUCUAGCCCACCAGAGAGAAACUGCAGGGGGAGUCAUGCUCUGCCACCGUGUCUGUGGUUGGCCUCCCCAAAGCGCAUAUAGAGAAGGGGGCAGACCACCUUCUUCAUCUUCUGCAGCAAGCGUGCGAGCUCACAUUCUGAAACUCUAGAAUGAUUUCCAGGACCAGGGUGGCCCCUUGUUGCAGUGUUUGGUCACUUCUGGCAAGCACUAUGGCAUCCUGCAGCUGCCUGACCUGGGUUCCUCAAGCACAGGCUCCUACUCCAGCCAUCCCAUCGGUGAAAUGACAGUGGCAGUAACCACUCAGCUGGCUCUUGGGGGCCAGUGCCAAGCCUAGGACUUGCAUAGAGGAGACCCCAAAGGACGCAUGGAUACAUGCUACUGUCUGAAACUUCCCUGUCAACCCUAAGCUCUCACCCAGCAAGAAUGUGAAAUCCACUUUUAUGCCACAGUUCCCUUCCUGUAGCCAGCCCCAUGUACCUAUACUUCAGAGUGGCCAAUGUCAAUGUCCCCCACUGAAUGAAUAAACAAAUGAAGGACGUGUGUCUA